AUGGAUCAUAGAUAUCGCCGUGUUAAUCGCCAUCGUCGCCGGAGACAAUGUUCUUCUCCGUCAUCGGAGACAAAAACAACAACCUUGUUGACGUCGUCCUCCUCCCUCCACCACCUCCUAUUGUUUAUCUUAUGCGUUAACCAUAUUUCUAGCGGAUAUAAUCCUAUAAAUAUGGCGAUGGCUUUUGACCUGAACACCAUAACCUUCGAUCAAGGCUACGCUACUCUGUUCAGCGACUUCAAUAUCGAUCGAUCUGACGACGACCAGAGCGUCCGUCUCAUCCUCAAUCGUCAAUCUGGUUCUGGUAUUAUAUCGACCGAUUAUUACAAUUAUGGAUUCUUCAGUGCGAAAAUCAAAUUGCCAACGAAGUACACCGCGGGAAUCGUCGUCGCCUUUUAUACAUCUAAUGUAGAUAUGUUCACCAAGACUCAUGAUGAGUUAGAUUUGGAGUUUUUGGGAAACGUAAGAGGGAAGCCAUGGAGGUUUCAGACAAACAUCUACGGUAAUGGUAGCACAACCCGUGGUCGUGAAGAGAGAUACCGGUUGUGGUUUGAUCCAAGCAAAGAGUUUCAUCGCUACAGCAUUCUUUGGGCACGAAACAAGAUCAUAUUUUACGUUGACGAAAUCCCAAUAAGAGAAGUUCUACGAGACGAGAAUAUGGGAGGCGACUAUCCAUCAAAGCCGAUGUCAUCAUACGCCACCGUAUGGGACGCCUCUUCAUGGGCCACUAACGGUGGCCGGAAUAAAGUGGACUACCGAUUCGAACCCUUUGCCGCCGAGUUCCGGGAUCUGGUCCUCCAAGGUUGUCCGGUGGACCCAACGGACGCCACCUCCACCAACUGCCUUGACGCCCUUGAUGAACUGGAAUCGUCGGAGUUCGCCACCAUUACUCCCCGGCAGCGGCAAGCCAAGAAGUGGUUCCGAGAAAAGUAUAUGUACUACAGUUACUGCUAUGACCGGUUAAGGUACCCUUCUCCAUUUCCGGAGUGCUUGUUAAUUUCUUCCGAACAGGAUUUGUUUAAGAAUAGUGGGAGGCUAAAAAACCGGCAAAAGUUUCAUCGGAGGCGCCGCCCUCGUCGCGGCCCACACCGGCCCAAUACAACAGCCGUAUAUUAG